CCACCUCGUCGUCAGGCGGUGGAGUUGCCCGUUAUCUGGCACGUGAACCCGCUUCCGCCUCCUGCUGCUGUCGCGGGGGGCGGCCGGGAGCCCGCGGCGGGCCGGUGGCGGAGGGAGCAGGAGCCCCGGGGUCGAGUCUCGGGCCCCGCGGAGCGCGGCGCGCUGAGGCGGAGGACGGUCCCGGCGGUUCACAGUCGCGUGCCGCCGUGCGCGCCUUGCGGCAGCGCCCCCUGGCGGCGGGGCUGGGCGGGACCCGCGUGUGUGAGGCGCGGGUGCUCGCAGGGUGCCCACCAUGAGCCAGCCGGAGGGGAAGGGCGGCGGCGGGGGCCUGCGGGUGAAGUUCGUGCCCGACGAGGAGGUCCUGAAGCACAUUGCUGAUGACCCAGGUAUUAAAGUACGGAAGGACAAGAAUCAGCCGACAGUCAGUGUGAAGACAUUUGUGAAGAAACUUGAGAAUAUUUCAGACGAUGAAGCUCAGGAGAUCCUGGAAGAGAAGAAAUAUGUUGCCGCUCUUGGAAUAUGUGCUCAAGAUUCAAUGGGAAAUGGCUCAAGCGUAAGUGGUGGUGAAGUUUACUCAUUCCAGACUCCCAAACGCUCCAGCAAAAUGGCAGAGCUGGCCUCUGAAUUAGCCCAGACACCAGGACAGAGUGUUGCACCUGAUCACUCCGAGUGCCCUGAGAAGACAGCCAAAACCCCUCAAAGCAGCAAACGUUCAAGUUCAAACAAAGUGCAGCAGAAGAGUAAAAGGAAAGAAUUUGUGUCUACCACACCUUACAGACUCAGAAAGAGGCUAACAGCUCCAGAUCCCUAUUUAGAAAGUGAGAGUGAAUAUUCUGCUUCCUGCUCAGAGGAGGAGGAUGAGGAAGACCAGAAAGAAGUCAGCACUGUUUUAUCAGGUCGAAAGACCCCAGCAAAAACUAUGACUGCAUCUACACCUCCUCCCAGAAACACCCUAGCCAAAAAAAUUAAAGAGAACAAGAUGAGCAACCUGGUGGAGGAAUACUUUGAAGCUCACAGUAGUUCCAAAGUGCUCACUUCGGACCGAACACUGCAGAAGUUGCGGAAAAGAAGAUUGGAUCAGCAAACACUGCAUGACCUUUUGAAAAAAGCUCCCCUUGCCUAUGCUGCUGAAAUUAAAGAGCUAAACCAGCAACACGAAUCCCUGUUUUCCAAGUGGAUGCUGCAAUUACACUUGGGUUUCAAUAUUGUGCUUUAUGGUCUGGGCUCAAAGCGUGAUUUGUUAGAGAAGUUUCGUACCUCUGUGCUCCAGGAUUCCGUUCACCUUGUGGUUAAUGGAUACUUCCCCAGCAUCACUGUGAGAUCUAUUCUCAACUCCAUUACAGAGGAGGUACUGGACCAUGUAGGGACCUUCCGCAGCCCCCUUGACCAACUUGAAUUCAUCAUUAAAAGGUUUAAAGAAGAUUCAUCUUUAGAGCUCUAUGUCCUUAUUCAUAACCUGGACAGCCAGAUGUUGAGAGGAGAAAGAAGUCAGCAGAUCCUUGCACAGUUAUCUUCUCUGCCUAGCAUUUACCUCAUUGCCUCUAUCGAUCACAUCAAUGCUCCUCUCAUGUGGGACCAGGCAAAGCUAAGCCUCUACAACUGGCUUUGGUAUGAAACAACCACAUUUAGUCCUUAUGUGGAAGAAACGUCUUAUGAGAACUCGCUUUUAGUGCAGCAGUCUGGAUCUUUGGCUUUGAGCUCCCUAACGCAUGUCCUGCGCAGUCUCACUCUCAAUGCCAGGGGGAUAUUCAGACUGCUUGCUCAGUACCAGCUGGAGAACAAGGACAACACAUCUUACCCAGGGCUGUCUUUCCAAGACUUCUACCAGCAGUGUCGGGAGGCUUUCCUUGUGAACAGUGACCUGACACUCAGGGCACAACUGACAGAAUUUAGGGACCACAAGCUCAUCCGGACCAAGCGGGGAGCUGAUGGUGUGGAAUACUUAUUAAUUCCUGUAGAUGACAGUACCUUGACCGACUUCUUAGAGAAAGAGGAUGAAGAUGUAUAACGUCUCUCUGUUCGCAAAGCAUCUACGGCAAUUGCUCUCAAGGGCUGCUGGAGAGGGGCCUGUACUGAGUUCGCUCUCCCUCCAACCCCAAGGCUGCUGGACUACUUAUUGAAAUGUAAUAAUUGUAAUGAAUGGUGCUCGUUGUUCAGCUACAUCAGGUAGUUUGGAAUGAUGACUUCUGUAAGCAAGGCAUCUCUUGCUCUGUAGUUCGAUUUGUCUGCUUUGUCUCUUAGCUCAGAUGAUGCCUUCUUCGUAUCUAUGCAGCCAACCUUACAGCCAGAAACACAAACUUGGUAAGAUUGUGCCUUCUGCUCUCUACCUCACCAGACAUGAGGGUUUGAUUGGAGCAGUUUACUGCAAAUCACUAUAUGGUCAGAGCUUUAGUUUGUACUAGUGGUGCAACUUUUCUCAACUGAGUUCUUUCCAGGUCUCCUUUACCAGUUAGACAAGACUAGCUUCCAGUGUAUGAAGAAGCCAAGAUUUGUAAUGCUAAGAGACCUGCCUUGACUGCAUGAAGAAAGGAGAAUACUAGUGGGUUUGGGACACUGUGGGUAACUUAUUAAAUUCUGGCAAUAGAACUGAAGGGCUUGCCCCAAACCCAAAUCCUUUUAUAAGAUUCAGAUAAUCAAAAUUGUGAUGGACUCAAGUCAUUGCCUGUUGGUAAGGGCGAGAGGAUCCAGCUUCUUUCUUCUACUUUCCAAGUUGCAAUCCAGGAAUAUGAAGAGGCUGUGAAGAGGCUGUUUAUUUUUUAAAAGCUUGAUUGUAUAUAUGUAUUUUUUACAUCAGGAGUGUCCACUGAUCCUGGAGGAGGCCUUAAAUGCCACUUAUAAACUCUCCCUUUUUUUAAGCCCUUAGAGGUUGGGAGACUGCUGAAGUUCAACAGCUUUUCUUCACUUUUUUUCUCAGGUAUGUGGGAGUAAGCCCUAUAGUUCCAUCAACUGUAGUCUGCCAGACAGACUUCAGGCACUCUAUGUCUAAUAUUUGGUAGCUGUGUUACAGCUCAAUGUUGUAAUAGUUCAAAUCAGUCAAUUAAAGUACUGUAUUAAUUUUCAUUAGCUUGUCUUGUCUUCCAUGAUCUUUUUACGUUAUAGGAAGAUAGAGAUCCUCCUGACAAUUGUGUGAAAGCCUCAUUUUCAUUAUUAUAUCAAAUAUCUGUGCAAAUCCUCAUGCAGUGUGCAGAAUAUUUCAAACUAAUUAGUAAAAAUAUUUUAUAUUGUUUCUUAUAAAGCAUCAAAAUUCAAAAUAGUUUGCCUGCCUUUUAAUACUGGCAUAUAGCUUUUGAAGAAAAACAAAACAUCACAUGGAAUAAUAUUGUUACCUGGUCUUCCCCUCACUGACAGGAGCAGCAGACAGAGGUUUACAGCCUGACUUUUGUUUGUAUUGAAAACAUGGGAUGUCUGCUUAUCCCACUGACAAUUAUAGGACCUAAUCAGCUUUGCUGGAGAGUCUGAUAGGGGAAACUGCUACACGCCAGCAGUACUCUGCAGCUUCCUCCCCCAGAACAUUUUCCACCUAACAUUCUGCUUUUGGUGGCACUUGCAUCUGCAUUUUACAGGCUGCAAUUCCAAAACUUUGCACAACGCAUGAGAUCCUGUCUAUUGCUACUUAGGCUACCGUCAAAACCACUAAAACCAGGCUCAAGGCAUUGCGUCUUACCCAAUUUUGGUAAGUUAGGCGUAGAGUUCAAGAACAAGAACUCUGCCACUUGAAGAGAUGUGUUGUUGGAGAAGCUGAAAAAGUUGUAGCUAAGCAGCAACCACAUCCUAUUUUGCAGUCCUUUGAGUCUCUCCACAGUUCCUGUGAAAUUCAAGAUUUCAUUUAUAUUCUGAGUACAUAUGGAAGAUGCCACCUAACGUGUUUACAGGUAGUGAUACCAUGGUGCAUUUUCAGUGCAAUUAUAUCUAGUUUUCUAGAUGUGAAAUCUACUUUAAUGAAGUGUUAUAAUCGUCCUGAGUUUAGAGUUAUCCGCUUAGAGUUUUGAUAGACUACCAGAUGCCCAUACAGGCCAAGGGGAGGGCUGCAGGAGAUAUCACGUAUCUGCUAAAAGAAGGUUAAG